CCGAUUGUAUACCUGGGUGACUCAAACUAUUUGCGACAUGUUUUUAUCAGCAACCAUAAGAGCCUGUGUAAAUCGUCGGCUUUCUAUCAUAAAAUGGGUUUUAUUUUUGGCGAGAGGGGUGCUGGUUAUGGACUAGUAACCAAUACGGACGAAGCUUCAUGGCGAAAACGACGGCAAAUUAUGAACCCAGCUUUCCAUCGGAGUUGCCUAAAAGAUUUCAUAAGCAAGUUUAAUGAUGUUUGUGAUAGGUUUUUGUCGCACAUGAACAAAAUUGUUGAUAGUGCUAAGCCAACCAGUAUGGUUCAGGAAUUUGCAAAUGUUACAUUGGAAGUUAUCAGCCAAGUGUCAUUUAAUUUUAAUACUCAUGCUAUUGAAGACCCAGAAUCACCAUUUGCAGAAGCAAUUCGGCACUACCUUAGAGGAGUGCAGGCCAAUGCAGAGAUUCCCCUCAACCCUACCAUGUUGGCAAUAUUUCAGUUCAAGCCAUUUCAAAAUGCUACCAAAAGAAUGCAAAUUAAAGUAGCACAGUUUCUUAGAAGAUUUGCCUUAGAUUGUGUCACAACUCGAAUGAGAGACAUUGCAAAUAACAGCAUAGUCCCUAAUGAUUUGUUAAGCAUUUUGAUUAAAGAUGGUAGUUUGUCACUGGAUGAAGUAAUUGAUGAAUUCUUGACUGUAUUUAUUGCUGGACAGGAAACAACAGCAAACUCAUUGUCAUUCACCCUGUAUGAAAUCAUUAGAAAUCCACAUGUUGAGGCAAAGCUUCUAAAUGAGAUUAACAAAGUGUUGGAUGGGCGAGAUAAUGUUGAGUUUGAUGAUUUGGCCAAACUAAAGUAUCUUGGUCAAGUUUUAAAUGAAGGUUUAAGAAAGUAUCCUGUAGCACCAGCACCUUCAAGAACUUUAGUAAAAGAUAUUACAGUUGGAGGGUAUCAUAUUCCAAAAGGAAAUGGAAUUCAUAGUCAUCAAUAUUUUUUCUCAAUGAAUCCUAAAAUAUGGCAGAAUCCAGAAGUUUUCGACCCAGAACGUUUUUCCAAUGACAAUAUAGAAAGCAUUCCAAAUUUUAGCCUCACAUUUUUCCCUUUUUCUUUUGGACCUCAUAGUUGCAUUGGACAGACCUUUGCAAAGUUUGAGUCAAAAGUUAUCCUUGUAAAAUUGUUGCAAAAGUUUAAAUUCAGACUAAUGCCUGAUCAGACUGGUAGGAUGUUGGCCAGACUGACCUACACUCCUCGAGAUGGUGUUAUAUGUGAGGUCAGCCGGCGUGAAUAGGGAAAGAAUAGUUUUUUAUGUAAUUAAUAUUUUUUUAUGUUGUU